GUCAGGGAGCUGGCACGUAAACAUUGUGCCCUUUAGCUCGUUUGUUUUUGUUCCUAGAUUUCUCUUAAUAAGAUCACACUGUAGAACUGCUUGAAAUGUCUGAAGCGCAAAAAAGACUAACGUAAACCGCCCAUUUGGAUAGCAAAUGGAUAAGGGCUGUAACCAAGAUGUUUGUUAGCUUUCUAUGCUAGCUAGUUUUUCUUUCUUGCACUUAAUGGGGUUGGGGUUGCUAGCUAGUUACGCAGCUAACAUUACCUAGCUCAGUUGUAGUCCCGUUUUAACAGAAUGGACGCGCUUUAACGGUAGCUAGCUAGCUGUCGUGUUCAAUCCCUCCUUGGAGACAGCAGGUUUGACGAGUUGUUCAGAGCAAGUACCUGUGCAAGUUGGCUCUUGUGUGAGUGAUGUACUCUCCUGUGAGGAAAGACUUUGUCUCUCUGACACUGGGGGCGCAGCACAGCCACGGCUACGCCAGCGGAAAGCAGCAGAGGCGUUCUUGCUGGAGGAAAUGGAAGCAGUUGUCCCGGUUACAGCGCAGUUUGAUCCUGUUCUUGCUGGCCAUCCUGCUCAUCUGUGGCAUCUUCUCAUACCCCAGCCUCUUGGAGCAGUGGAGAGCGCUGUCAGACAGAUCGUUGAAGGAGGGCUCAGAUAAUGUGGAAUUCCAGGGUCUCAGGCCCAUCCCUCCAGGUCUGGUUCCGAAAUUCAUCCCUGGGGAUGUACAAGAUGACCCUUCACAACUCCUGAGACCAAAUGCCCCAAUCCUCCCAAAACCACCUGCUUUGAAGAAACCUCCAAGCAAACGCCGUUCUCCAGUCCUGCAGAAGAGAGGCAAUGUGUCUGAAUGGCAGGCGAAGGACAGGGAGGAGCCUUCUGUCAGGAGAGAGGAAGAGCAGGAGAGGGAAACGAAAACGAUCAUUAGCUGGAGGGGAGCCAUGAUCGAAGCAGAGCAGGGUACAGAGCCCCACCCUUCAGCCCAUAGGAAGGAGACAGCACGGCCUGCGGAGCUGCAGGGCCCUGCCCCCUUACAGCCUGUAGCUUUUAAACGUGUUGAGCGUGUCGAGGCUGUGAGGGAAGCUUUCAGGCAUGCAUGGAAAGGCUACAGAACAUUCGCUUGGGGUCAUGAUGAGCUGAAGCCCGUCUCCAAGACCUACGGGGAGUGGUUCGGUUUGGGCCUUACCCUGAUCGAUGCGCUCGACACCAUGUGGAUUUUAGACCUGAAAGAAGAGUUUGAAGAGGCCAAGAGAUGGGUAGAGACAGAGCUGUCGUUUUCUAAGAACGUGGAUGUGAAUCUGUUUGAGAGCACCAUCCGGAUUCUCGGAGGCCUCCUGAGCACAUACCACUUAACGGGCGACACUCUGUUUCUGGACAAGGCUAAAGACAUUGGCUCUCGAUUAAUGCCUGCCUUCAACACACCGUCCAAAAUUCCUUUCUCUGAUGUGAAUAUUGGCAAGGGCACUGCUCACCCCCCACGCUGGACUGCUGACAGCACUGUGGCAGAGGUCACCAGCAUUCAGCUGGAGUUCCGGGAGCUCAGCAGGCUAACUCAGGACCCGCAGUACCAGAAAGCGGUGGAUGAGGUAACGAGGAGAGUCCACAGGCUGGAUGGAAAACACGAUGGUCUGGUGCCCAUGUUCAUCAACAUAAACAGCGGCAAGUUCACCCACCGCGGCGUGUUCACGCUGGGAGCUCGUGCGGACAGCUACUACGAGUACCUGCUCAAACAGUGGCUGCAAGGCGGCAAGAAGGAAGCAGCGUUGUUGGAGGACUAUCUGCAGGCUGUGGAAGGAGUGAAGAGAAAUCUUCUUGGACAGACUUCCCCCAGCAAGCUCAUUUUUGUAGGGGAGCUGUCCCAUGGACGCCUCAACCCUAAAAUGGAUCACUUGGUGUGUUUCCUGCCGGGGACACUGGCUCUGGGAGCCCAUAACGGCCUGCCGGCAGACCACAUGGAGCUGGCCGUGCAGCUGAUGGAGACGUGCCAUCAGAUGUACGCGCAGAUGGAAACAGGCUUGAGCCCUGAGAUCGUCCUCUUCAACCUGAAGGAUCCUGCUGGCCGUGACAUAGACGUCAAGCCUGCAGAUAGACACAACCUGUUGAGGCCAGAGACUGUAGAGAGUUUGUUCUAUAUGUACAGAUUCACCCAAGAUCACAAAUACCAAGACUGGGGUUGGGAAAUCAUGCAGAGCUUCAACAAGUAUACCAGGGUGCCUAGUGGUGGCUACACCUCCAUAGGAAAUGUACGUGACCCAGUGAAUCCAGGCCCCAAAGACAAGAUGGAGAGCUUCUUCCUCGGGGAGACUCUAAAGUACCUGUUCCUGCUGUUCUCUGAUGACCCGGAGCUGGUCAGCCUGGAUAAGUUUGUGUUCAACACGGAGGCCCAUCCUCUUCCUAUCUGGCCGUCCACCUCGUGACCAGAUCUGGAGCUGCAGGAUUGGGAAGGGGCUCCAGAUCUGGGAGGGUCCUCCACAGGUCUACAACAGACAUAUUCUGUAUCUGUAUCAGAUAAGAUGGCUGUGCAGCAUGGUUCUUUACUUCUUCACAGUUGAUGAACAGUCAUGUACUGGCCUUUAUCUGUGCAUACACUAAUGUCCUUUGCUUGGUUGCUAUCUCAGACGGUGUGAGAGAUCUGGCCAGACUGUACUUGUACAAUGUCCUGAUGAUGGAAUGUAUGGACCCAACUAGAUGAGGGCAUAAAUCUAAAUUGAUCCGAGUUAAAGUUGUGAUGGGUACAAAAGUGUUUAAUCUGUCUAAUUUUGACUCAAAGCAUGUUCUUAUUAAAAAGAAUGCUUAUGUGACAUAAGCAAGUAACUAAGGGCAAGACUGUUCAUAUCGCACACUGUGAAAUUUGCUGAGCAAAAGGAUGGGUUUUAUUUCUUUGCCAUCUUUUAUAUACUUGUGCGUAUUGAUCCCCUUGAUGUUUGCAUUUUGUCAUGGUGACUCUACAAGCACUUUCACAGAGGGCCUGCAAAUGAACUUAUGAAUAUUAUCUUUAUGAGAUACAUGACACAGUUGGGACCUUACUGAACAGUGAGCUGUUUGUUUUUAAAGGUGUGCUUCAUUUGAUGGUGUUGUGGCCUGUGAGAUUUUAUGUGUUUCUGCUGACAUUUUUAGCACUUCAGAGAAAGGCAAUGACUUGAUUGAGUAGAGUUCCCCAAGUAGCCUCUUAAAUUGCAAUGUCAUGGUUGUUUUGUGAUUAUCAAGUUUGCCAGCUGGUAGACAGACUGCAAAAUUAAGCCUAGAUUUCUUUCAAGGUGUGACAAAAUGCCACAUUUGGACUUUCUUAUUAUUGAAACUCCAUUACCCAACCUAGCUAUUGGGUAAUUUUGCUUUAAAGGAACAUUGAGUUUAGUGAUUUUCCUCAAUAAGGAGCCCUUUCUACUGUAACAGCUAUUGCAGGCAUCUACCCCCAGACAUUGGUUUAUACUAGCAAAUCUUACAGCCACAGUUCGUAGAGCAACUGAUGGCAAUAUACAUCACAUUCCUGUUUGUCAUAAGAUUUUUUUUUUUGUUAAUCUGUAAACCUUUAAGGUCAAGUGUUAUAUGAUUAUAGAUCAGAUCCAGCCUGAAUAGUUCAAGUAGUAAUGCCUUCUUGUGCAAUCACUUUAGGUUCAGUCAAAUUGAUCUUUAUUCUGGCUCAUGUUUUUGUUGGUCAUUUCGUACGCUUAUCUGGCUAUGACUAUAUCUGCUGUCAUGAAGUCAUGUGCUCUAAACCCACUGGACCUGUCAAGCUAUGAUGAGAUAAGCCUUUGCUAAAGUUGCAAGCUUCCCUGCAUUGAUUGCCGCAUUGAUCAGCAUCUGUGUCCCCUCACUGGGGCGUAUUCCUCCUCCAGCUCUGUCCAUGCUCAGAGCAGCAUGCCAGGAAAUUUGUUUCUUGUGCCUUUUGGUGUGCAGAAUCUUGAAAACAAAAAGAAUAAAGGGAGCCAUGUCCGCUUCAUUUCCGAGUCGGUCUGUGGAGGUGGCCCCUAAGUGAAGCAGCUGGGAGCGGAGACUCAGGGGCACAAGUGGAUGCUUUUUUAAUAAUCAGGAUGUUCUUGCAGAAUAUGUGCAGCACCUUGCCUACUGGACAGCUCUGGAGAUUAUCUUAAUAAUGUUUAAAUCCUGAAAAUAUCUAUUAAAAAAUUAUUAUUUAUUAUGAGCAGGUCUCUUUGUGUCAGUCAUUAGAAAGCUUGUUAUUGAAAGGGUGUAUAUUUAGCAUAAUAUAUUAUAAAAUUGUUAUUAUAAAAAAUGAAGGUCAGCCUUUUUAGUAGGCUAAUCAGAUAUGGGUUCAAAUUGCAGAGAGAAUGCUACUUAAUCUACCACAGAUUAGGUUCAUUUGUUAAGACUCCUAUCCACAUUUUACCAUGGAUAUCACAAUAGGGCUUUUUUUAUAUUUAGAAUUAAGGUUGUAGCCUUGAGCUGGGUCAGUCAUGUAUCAUGCUCUCUUCAGGAAAUGGCAGAAAGAGCGAAUGUCAUUCCUCAAGAUACCGAUGCCCUCCAUCUUGCUGCUGGUUAGAGUUUGCCUUGUUUCUUUUGGCUGCUUCUUCUGCUUAGCUUUGCACCAUGUCACCCAUUUUUUUUACACCACUUGUACAAAGUUCUGUGAAAGUAAGUUAUGUUUCUUUAAAUCAUGUGAAUUUACCAAUAAAAAAAAAAGAUUCGA